GCUAAUUAUCCACCACCUAGCCAUUUCCAAGCUGACGUGUAAAGCAAAUCUCGGAUUAUAUAUACCAUGCGGGAGCCCGCCACAGUUCUAUGGGGUCUGAGAAUUAGUGACACCGACUUUCAAAAACUCAAAGUCGGUUUCCAAUCUCGGGAUAUGGAUGAUAAGUGGAAUAUCUUGCCGGCGGUCAUGGAUGAGAGCCAGAGUGAUCACAUCUCCGUCCACUUUUCUCGCAGCUGGACUGGUAUAGAGCACCAUAUACUUUUCAUAAAACCAAGUGACGAUGGUGCGAUGAUUGAAGCUAUCACAUGGGAACAGAACCGGAAUGGAAUUCGCAUUUCAGAAGAGUAUGCUAAGAAGGAAGCAGUCAUGCUAAGCAGAGGCUGGCUAGAGUGUGAUUUCGAGGCGCUUCCAGUGUAUGACCGCUCAGAUCUAUAGAGUUGUCCUACUGCUCAUAUAGGCGGCAAGUUGACAAUAAACACCGCAUCGUGCGACCUCUUCGAAGACUCUGCUCUUCCCAUCCAGAAUCGCUAGAGUAUUAGCCCUAUAAAUGGUGAUUAAUAUUAUAUGAACAGUACUUGGUAACUAUGAGGAAGAACGUGUGAGAAGGGAUACUAGUAAUCUUAGCAUUAUCAAGACUAGUGUAAAUAACA